AUGGAUCUCACUGAUCCUGUCCAUCGCGAUUGCGCUCCGUCGACAUCAUAUCAAACGCCGGUCUCUGCACCUCUUCGUCCAAUCCAACAUUCGCCUGCAUAUAUGCACAUUCCAACUCGCGAUCGUCUUUCCACUGGUCCAGGGCCGGGACAUCUGAUCACUUUUCCUUCAUCUCCUGUCCUUUCUCAUAUAAACCAUAGCUCUACGAUUCCUUCUUUUCCUUCUAUCCAGACUCUUCCUCAAUCCAUUUCUGAAAACUGGCAUCGUCGUGUACCUACCUUCCCGGAUAAUUUGCAUAAUCAAGUUAAUGUUUCUCGUCCUCUCCCUCCUGCACCACCUAAUACUUUUAAUAACCUUACGCAAACUUAUACUCCUGAUGUUCCUCCUCCUUUCCCUUUUUUCAAUUACGUACGAUCACCUGUCUCGGUUCCACCAGCUUCAAUCGCUCCUGGACGUAUCGCUUCUCGAAUGGGUUUGCCUUACGUUAUCAAUCGCUCUCCAUCGAGGAUCAUGCAUCAACCUCAACCUCACCAACUUGUUGAUCUGGACCGCCUUUCUUCCCCAUCCUUGACUUUCCACAACGAUUAUCAUAGUGCUCCUGCUGUAAUGACGGAAUUCCCUCGAGAGUCCGAUGGAAUCCCUCAAAGUCGACCUAAUACCACUCAUACAAUUCCACCAUGGUUUCCGGUUCAUAUUCCACCUCCACCAGAACAGUCAUACCCCAUGUAUUACCCUAAUCCACCAUACCCUUAUCCUUAUCCGUAUCCACUAUCUUCCGAACCACCUCGUUCAAUUACACCUCGGGUUAAGAUUGAAUAUUCAUCAAUUCACUCGACGUUUCUUGCAACGAUAAAGGAUACGGACUCACUCAAGGAUCGCAAAUCCUGGGUCAAGUGGAACGAAGGAGUUUGGCAAGCCGUUGCUGAUGGCUUCGUACUGGGACACAUAUGUGAUGAACCACCUCCGGGUACUCCACGGACGGAAUGGAAUACACCUUUACUACGACCGGUGCUAUCUUCCAAUCCUACGAGAAAGGAAUUAGAAUAA